AUGGCACGAAAAAAAUUCAGUGGAUUAGAACUCUCUCUGAUUGUCCUCUUUGCUAUCGUUACUAUAAUAGCUAUUGCCCUAAUAGCUGUUUUGGCAACGAAAACACCUGCUGUUGAACAAAUUACUGAUUCACCAGCUUUAGGAAGAUGUCCAACAGAUCAAAAUGAUAACAUCAAUGAGAGAAUAAAUUGCAUUCCAGACCAAUUUCCAACACAGGCAAUUUGUAUUCAAAGAGGCUGCUGCUGGAAGCCGUGGAAUAACUCCAUUAUUCCUUGGUGUUUCUUUGCCCAAAACCAUGGCUACAAUUCUCAAAGAAUAUCAAACACAAACACAGGACGUGAAGCCCAAUUAGAGAGGAUAAAUUCACCUACCAUAUUUGGAAGAGACCUCAAUGUUGUCCGCGUCAUAACUGAAAAUCAGACACCUAAUCGUUUCCGGUUCAAGAUUACGGAUCCAAGUAACAGCAGAUAUGAAGUUCCUCAUCAGCAUGUAAAAAGUUUUGUUGGACCUGCUGCUUCUGACACAUUGUAUGACGUGGUGAUUACAGAAGCCCCAUUUGGCAUCCAAGUUCUUAGAAAAAGCAAUAGAAAAGUUUUGUUUGACACCACUGUUGGUCCCCUGGUGUUUUCUGACCAGUACUUACAGAUCUCAACAAGACUUCCCUCUGAUUAUAUGUAUGGUAUUGGGGAACAUAUUCAUAAAAGAUUCCGUCACGAUUUAUACUGGAAAACAUGGCCAAUCUUUACCAGAGAUGAACUUCCUGGUGAUAAUAAUCACAACUUAUAUGGUCACCAAACAUUCUUCAUGUGUAUAGAGGAUACUUCUGGAAAGUCAUUUGGUGUUUUCUUAAUGAACAGUAAUGCAAUGGAAAUUUUCAUCCAGCCAACUCCGAUAGUGACAUACAGAGUUACUGGUGGCAUUCUGGACUUUUACAUCUUUCUGGGUGAUACUCCAGCACAAGUAGUUCAGCAGUUUCAACAGCUCAUUGGACUACCAGCAAUGCCAGCAUACUGGAAUCUUGGAUUCCAACUGAGUCGUUGGAAUUAUGGAUCGCUAGAUGUAGUCAGAGAAGUAGUCCGAAGAAACCGAGAAGCUCGUAUUCCAUUUGAUACCCAGGUCACUGACAUUGACUAUAUGGAAGAUAAGAAAGACUUUACUUAUGAUACCGUCAAAUUUCAAGGUCUCCCUGAAUUUGUUAACGAUUUGCAUAAUCAUGGACAGAAAUAUGUCAUCAUCUUGGAUCCUGCAAUUUCCAUAAACAAACGUGCCAAUGGAGCAAAUUAUGAAAGCUAUGACAGAGGAACUGAAAUGCAUGUGUGGGUAAAUGAGUCAGAUGGGACGACACCAGUCAUUGGAGAGGUAUGGCCUGGUUUAACAGUAUACCCUGACUUCACAAGUCCACAAUGUGAAGAGUGGUGGGCAGAUGAAUGUUUACGUUUCCACCAGCAAGUGCCAUUUGAUGGACUUUGGAUUGAUAUGAAUGAAGUUUCCAGUUUCAUUCAAGGUUCAAGAAAAGGGUGUGAGGACAACCGGUGGAAUUAUCCACCUUUUACUCCUGAUAUUCUUGACAAACUGAUGUACUCUAAAACACUCUGCAUGGAUACUGUGCAACACUGGGGAAGGCAGUACGAUGUUCACAGCCUGUAUGGAUACAGCAUGGCUAUCGCUACAGAGAAAGCUAUCCAAAGAGUUUUACCUAACAAGAGAGGCUUCAUCCUCACCCGGUCAAAUUUUGCUGGAACUGGAAAACACGCUGCCCAUUGGCUGGGGGACAACACUGCUUCAUGGGAACAAAUGGAAUGGUCUAUUACAGGAAUGCUAGAGUACAGCUUGUUUGGGAUACCUUUGGUUGGAGCAGAUAUUUGUGGGUUUGUGGCUGAUACAACAGAAGAACUUUGCAGGAGAUGGAUGCAACUUGGGGCAUUUUAUCCAUUUUCGAGAAACCACAAUGCUGAAACAUACAUGGAACAGGAUCCUGCCUAUUUUGGACAGAACUCUCUUCUGGUUAAUUCAUCACGCCACUACCUCAAUAUUCGCUAUACGUUGUUACCUUUCCUCUACACUCUGUUUUAUAAAGCUCAUCGGUAUGGAGAAACAGUAGCAAGACCGUUUCUGCAUGAGUUUUAUGAUGAUACGAAUAGUUGGAUAGAGGACACUCAAUUCUUAUGGGGCCCAGCAUUACUUAUAACUCCCGUCUUAAGACAGGGAGCAAAUGUUGUGAGUGCAUACAUCCCGGAUGCUACCUGGUAUGAUUAUGAAACUAACCCCUUAGGACUUAUAGUUGCACUAAAUGAUGAUAACACAGCCAUUGGGGACUUUUUCUGGGAUGAUGGAGAAACUAAAGAUACCAUAGAAAAUGGCAAUUAUAUAUUUUAUACAUUUUCAGUUUCUAAUAACACUUUAAGUAUUACCUGCACUCAUUCAUCAUUCCCAGAGGGAACAAACUUGGCUUUUGAGACUAUUAAAGUCCUUGGAUUGUCAAACUCAGUUACACAAGUUACGGUGGCAGAAGUUAAUCAAGCAGUGACUUCUCAUACAAGUUUCAACUAUGAUGCAUCCAGUCAGGUUCUCCUAAUUGAUAAUCUGAAGCUUAACCUUGGAAAAAGCUUUACGAUUGUAUGGGAUCAAUUUUUCUCAGAAAAUGAAAGGUUUACAUGUUAUCCAGAUGCAGAUGAGGCAAGUGAACAAAAGUGCAGAAAUCGCGGCUGUUUAUGGAACCAGAUUUCUUUAUCCAGAGCCCCUGAGUGUUAUUUUCCUCGAGACGUCGACCCUUAUUCAGUCAGCACAGUCCAAUACUCAUCAACUGGUAUAACAGCUGACCUUCAGUUCAAUGGUAAUUCUAGAUUAAAUAUGCCAUCUGAGCCUAUCUCAAAUCUCCGCGUGGAGGUGAAAUAUCACAAAGACGAUAUGCUGCAGUUCAAGAUUUAUGACGCCCAGAAGAAGAGAUAUGAAGUUCCAGUACCCUUAAACGUUCCAGCAACUCCCACAAGUACUUACGAAAACAGACUUUAUGAUGUUGAAGUUAGGAAAAAUCCAUUUGCAAUCCAGAUUCGUCGUAGAAGUACUGGGAGAGUGAUUUGGGAUUCUCAUCUACCUGGAUUUACUUUUAAUGACCAGUUCAUUCAAAUAUCCACUCGUCUGCCAUCAGAAUAUAUAUAUGGAUUUGGAGAAGUGGAACACACUGCAUUUAAGCGAGACCUGAACUGGCAUACGUGGGGAAUGUUCACAAGAGAUCAACCUCCUGGUUAUAAACUCAAUUCCUAUGGAUUCCAUCCCUAUUACAUGGCCCUGGAGAAUGAAGGGAAUGCCCAUAGCGUCCUCUUGCUCAACAGCAAUGCAAUGGACGUUACCUUCCAACCAACACCUGCUCUGACUUACCGUAUAAUUGGAGGCAUCUUGGACUUUUAUAUGUUUUUGGGCCCAACUCCAGAAGUUGCAACACAGCAGUAUCAUGAAGUAAUUGGCCACCCUGUUAUGCCACCUUACUGGUCUUUGGGAUUCCAACUCUGUCGUUAUGGGUACAGGAACACUUCACAGGUUGAAGAAGUGUUUAAUGACAUGGUGGCUGCUAGGAUUCCAUAUGAUGUUCAAUACACAGACAUUGAUUACAUGGAAAGACAACUAGACUUCACAAUUGGUGAUGAAUUUCGUGACCUUCCUCAGUUUGUUGAUAAAAUAAGAGCACAAGGAAUGAAAUACAUCAUCAUACUGGACCCAGCCAUUUCUGGAAAUGAAACCGAGCCUUACCCAGCAUUUACAAGAGGACAGGAAAAAGACGUCUUUGUCAAAUGGCCUAACAGCAAUGAUAUUUGUUGGGCAAAGGUAUGGCCAGAUUUGCCCAAUGUUACAAUAGAUGAAAGUCUAACGGAAGAUGAAGCUGUUAAUGCUUCUAGAGCACAUGUAGCUUUCCCAGAUUUCUUCAGAAGGUCUACAGCAGAGUGGUGGGAAAAAGAAAUUGAAGAUUUCUAUAAUAAUCAAAUGAAGUUUGAUGGAUUGUGGAUUGAUAUGAAUGAACCAUCAAGUUUUGUAAAUGGAACAACUACUAAUCAAUGCAGAAACGAGUCACUAAAUUACCCACCUUAUUUCCCAGAACUCACAAAAAGAACUGACGGCUUGCACUUCAGAACCAUGUGCAUGGAAACCGAGCAGAUUCUUAGCGAUGGCUCCUCCGUUUUGCACUAUGAUGUCCACAAUCUCUAUGGAUGGUCACAAGUAAAACCUACUUAUGAUGCACUGCAGAAAGUGACAGGGAAAAGAGGGAUCGUUAUUUCCCGCUCCACGUUUCCUACUGCUGGACAAUGGGCAGGACACUGGCUGGGGGACAACUAUGCCGAGUGGACCAACUUGGACAAAUCUAUCAUUGGUAUGAUGGAGUUUAGUCUUUUUGGAAUAUCAUAUAGUGGUGCGGACAUCUGUGGCUUCUUCAACAAUUCAGAAUAUGAGCUCUGUGCCCGCUGGAUGCAACUUGGAGCAUUUUAUCCAUAUUCAAGAAAUCACAACAUUGCUUUUACUAGGAGGCAAGAUCCUGCUUCGUGGAACGAAACUUUUUCUACUAUGUCAAGGAAUGUUCUAAAUAUUAGAUACACUCUAUUGCCCUAUUUCUAUACUCAAAUGCAUGAAAUCCAUGCUCAUGGCGGCACUGUGAUUAGACCUCUUAUGCAUGAGUUCUUUAAUGAAAGGGAAACAUGGGAUAUAUUCAAGCAGUUUCUGUGGGGCCCGGCAUUUAUGGUUACUCCCGUAAUGGAAUUUGGUAGUGAUAGAGUCUACGGCUAUGUCCCUAAUGCACGAUGGUUUGAUUAUCAUACAGGCUCUGAUAUUCAUAUUAGAGGACAGUUCAAUACCUUUGCUGCUCCAUGGGAUUACAUAAAUCUGCACGUCCGUGGUGGACACAUCUUGCCAUGCCAACAACCAGCUAAUAACACAUUUUACAGUCGACAAAAUUUCAUGGAACUCAUUGUCGCUGCGGAUGAUAAUCAAAUGGCACAGGGAAGUCUGUUUUGGGAUGAUGGCGAUACUAUAGGUACCUAUGAAAAAGAUAUGUAUUUCAUGGCACAAUUUAAUCUUAACAAGACCACCUUGACAAGCACUAUAUUGAAAAGUGGCUAUGUAAAUGAAAAUGAAAUGAAGCUUGGAACAGUCAAAAUAUGGGGGAAAGGAAAUAGUCCUGUCAAUAGCGUUACUCUCAAUUAUAAAGGAAAUACAUAUACACCUUUAAUAAUCGAAAAUACACCAGCGAAUGAGAUAUUAAUUAUUGAUGUGAGUCCAUUUAAUGUUGUUCUGCAUAACCCAAUUGAAAUCCACUGGUCAUGA